AUGUACUCUGAGAAAGAGGACAUGUUUCGCAUUGUCGGAUCUGGAGGAUCUGGAGGCCACCUUGUUGGAUCAUGGGAUCUCCGCAAACACAAGUACACACCAAAGGUUCAGAGACUUCAAUUUCAAAACCUUCCGGAGCUGAGCAAGGCCAAACGGGAGCUUCUGUACUCGUGCAACACCAGCGAACACUUGGUGGAGUCAAGAACCACCGGUGAAACUUUCAUGGUUAAAUGGUACAAAAGGACGUCCAAGACCAUCCACGGUAUAGAGAGAAUGGAAACAAAAGCUUUAAUGGUCUUCAAGAUAGACGAGGAAGGUAACGCUGUUUACACUCAAGAUAUUGGUGAUCUCUGCAUUAUCCUCACAAUGACUGAAUCUUUCUGUGUCCCUGCUUGCUCUGUUCGCCACAUGCGUCCUAACCGCGUCAAAAUCAUGGAUGUCGACGAAAUCACUAUUGUCGAUCUGGCUGCUCAAAAGUGGAACUGA